AUGUCUGUUGCCAUCCCUCCCGGCGGUACCUACUUCGACACGCUCAAGAAGAGCUUCGUCGACGUGCCUGUUGCGGCGGAUAAUAAGAUCUCAACAACGGAGUUUUUGGAGGCUGCGGAGAGCUUGCUUACGCUGUUCGAUGUUCUCGGCUCGGCCGCCUUCAAGCCUGUGAAGAAUGACAUGAGCGGUAAUAUCAAGAAAAUCCGUGACCGCCAACUCGCCGCUCCAACCCUUUCAGAAACCCUCCAGGACCUCGUCAUUAACGAGCUCAAGGAGAAGAAGCACGUCGCCACGGAAGGUCUCUUGUGGCUGACCCGUGGCCUCGACUUCACCGCCCAAGCCCUCCGCCACAACACCGCCAACCCCACCAAGGAGCUCUCCGACUCCUUCCGCGACGCCUACGGCAACACGCUCAAGCCGCACCACUCCUUCGUCAUCAAGCCCAUCUUCAGUGCCGCGAUGAGCGCCACGCCAUACCGCAAGGACUUUUACUCCAAGCUUGGGGAUGACGAGAGCAAGGUUCAGCCAGCGCUCGAGUCCUGGUUGACGGCGCUGGAGAAGAACGUGAGUAUUCUCCGGGACUUCACUACGAGCAAGGAGGCGAAAUGGUAG